UUAAUUUACUAGCCACAAACAAUGCCAGUUUUUCUUAAAUUCUUUUAAAUAAAAUAUAACAAAGAUAGAUUCACAUAUCCCGCACUAAAAUGUAAAAAUGUUUUCCAGCAACAUAUCCGAUCGAAUAACCCCGGAAGAAUUGCAAAAGCUACAAGAAAUAUGCAUGGAACGCCUAAAGAUGGGUGAGUUGCAUACGCUACGAAAUGAUGCCAAAUUGCGGGCAGUCAACAAUACCAAAAAUUAUGAGGAAUUCAAGGACAUUGUGGAUGCGGCCCAUUUGAAACCCAUAUCAAAGGCAGACAAGAUGAAUGCGAAAACCAAAAACCGCCUUUGGAAUACAGCAGCAGCGGAAAACGAGGAAUAGAAUAUUCUCUGCUAUCACAAAUAGUUAAAAACACUUCAAAAAUAAAUAUCUUGCGCUUGACAUAA